AUGAUUAUGCAUGGUACCUGGUACAAGGGACCACAAUUGGCGCAUCGCACACAUACGCACAGCGAUUACCAUCGGGAUUAUACACCAGCACAUCACAUCCAAUCCCACCAUCUGCAACCGCAUCUCCACCAUCAUCAUCCACCGCCGCCACCACCACCGCCGUCGCAUUCGCAUCAUCAUACACAUCCUCAUCAGUACCGUUCAUAUCCUUCGUUUGUUGUUGCACCGUAUCAUGAGUCGGCGUCCAGCGCCACCCCAACACCCGCAUCAACACCCAUACCAACACACGCUACAGCAGCGUGCUUGAACGGUGUGCCAGCACCGAUAUUGGUAGAGGGCGCUUUUGCCGCCGCCGCUGCUGCCACCAAUUCAACCGUCGGCAUUAAUCAGUUGAGGUCGGUGUUGAGUCCAACAAUUAAAAUUGAACAACCGUUCGGCGAGCCCUUGUCGGUGGAUGAGUAUGCGUUAAAUUUGGAUUGCGGUCUCGACAAUACAUUUCGGAAGCCUAGCAAUUAUUCGUGGCCCUUGGCAGCUGUCACACCACCUACAAUAGCGAAUGCCACAGCCACUCCAGGCGCAACAAUAACACCGACCAGCACAAAUAGAGCCACUAACAAUCAAUCGACACCAAAUCAUAUUUCUUUGCUGCCGUCCUCUAGUUCGGCCACACCGAUACCUCCCGUCGGCGGUUUAGAUUUGCAUGCAGCGGUUGCUGGUGAAGCCACACACAGUUUUGACGGCACACUAAAGUCACCCGAUCAACAACAAACGGCGGCGGUACACUCACCUUCAUCGCAGCAGCAACACCAACAGCACCAGCGACAUUCAACCACUGCAAAUCAUCUGAGUAGUCAGCAACAACAACAACAGCAGCAGCAGCAUUCACACGCACUACAAAGUUUGCAUUCCUCCGCCUCGACGCCCAAUUCGCCCACAGCGGCCAGUGCCGCUGCAGCUGCAGCAACAACAGCGGCCGCAACCGCUGCCGCAACCAUGCCCAUCGGUGGAGUGCAGGGCCAAAAUCCCACGCAGGGUUUGGUGCAUUGGAUGAGUGCCGUUAUGGCUGAGCAUAUGACUGGGCAAACACAUCACGAUCCGACGGCAAUGGGUAUGCAUUACAUGUGGAAUGGUAAUGUGGAUUGUGGACAACAUGGCAAAGAAAUUGCUGACUAUAAUGGUUGGCCAUCCGCUGCAGCCACACGCAGCCACAUGUCGGCCAUCAAACAAGGAUAUGAGGCCAAGAUGAAUGACCAUCACAGCAAUUUGCAAAAAGGUCACUUCCUCGAUGACAGCCGCCUCAUUGAUCAUCACAGUGCCGUUACACCUCAGGGUAAUCACAGCGCCAGCAUGGCGACAGCUGCCACAAUUUAUGGCCCCAGUGCCGCACUACGUGCCGUUGCCACAUCGAAUAGCAGUUCACCUGCAGGAGGCGCAGGUAAUGGUGUAGGCGGUGGUGGAAGCGGAAGUUUAGUAAGCGGUGCCGGCGGUCUAGGACUUAUCGGCUCAGGAAACGGUAAUUUGGGUAGCAGCGGUGGUGUUGGUGGUGGCGGUCUCGUUGGGCUUGGCGGUGCGAGUAUUGGAGGCAUGCCACAUCAUGCGGCAACAGCUGGCAAUCACAUGGCUCAUCAUCAUAGCGCUUCAGCGGCGGCUUUGCUGGUUGUACCACAACCGAUUAAUGCGAGUAAAAUGAAUGCAGCAAUAGGAGGCAGUGGCGGCGGCACGGGCAGAAAAUAUCAGUGCAAAAUGUGUCCCCAGCUGGUCAACGAAUCAAAUGUAAUCGAUGCUUAA